AUGUCUUCUGAUACUAUCUCCAGCAAGAUAUUAACUGAUGACUAUUGCAAAUGGCAUGCUAAUUUAGUUGAUUUACCAAGUUCUCAGACAGAUAAAAUUUGUUCUAGAUUAUAUAAAGCAUAUAUGGAAGAGAUUGAACUCAAUCCUUGGAUAAAUUCAUUGAAAACUCAGAUAAGGAUACCGCAAAUGAAUGUUCUACCUAUAUCACCUAAACGACAAUUUCCAAUUUCUGUUCUACCAAACAAUCCUGAAGAAAGACAACAACAU